CUUGUUUAGCUAUUGCUACAAGAUACGUCGGUUUAUUAUGCAUAAUCGAGGCAGUAUAUGUAAAAGUUCUGAAAACAAGGCAAACAAGGGUUCAGCAUCUCUGGAGUAGUACAGCAAUCAGUGACUGACACUGGUAUGGCGACUCCACCGACCGCUCCAGCACCAUCAGCUGGCCUUGAGGAGAAGCGAGAUGGCCACACCGUCACCAAUAUACCAGUGGCCCGCACCGAGCCCUCUGCUGCCUCUGACGUCCGUGUGCUUGUGCAGGAGGAGGGGCGCGCUGCUAGGAAUCUGCUCGUUUUCAAUGUCCUGGUGGACAACAAAAGCCCUGGUUCAGUGCUGCGCUCGGCUCGCCGUCAGCCGGCGGCCUCGCCGCGCGCCGGCCGUCCUGGUACCCAGGAGGAGCGGCCGCCGACGCGCGCUGCCGCCGCCAGCGCCGCGCGCAAACGCGGCCGCGCGCGCUCCGUGUCGGCCGGCCGUGGCUCGGCCAAGGACCUGCACGCGCGCUACUGGACGUUUCUGUUUGAGAACCUGCGCCGCGCUGUGGACGAGAUCUACCAGACAUGUGAGACUGACGACAGCGUGCUCGAGUGUAAGGAAACGAUAAUGAUCCUGGAGCGAUGCACCCAGGACUUCCGAAAUCUGAUCGAGUGGCUGAAGAUCAAGUGGGAGUACGACCACACUCCGAAGCCGCAGCGUCCCGCCUCGGUGGCCUGGGAGAUCCGAAAAACGUCGCCCGGCAAGUUGCCGAUGGCGCUAGUCGAGCGCCGGCUGGUCGGGGAACUGAGCCGCAAACAGCUGGCGUUCGAGGAGCGUCACUCGCGGCCCGACUCGGUGUCGUCCGGCAGCGUACGCGCCGAGCCGGACGCCGCUGUCGGCCGCUACCUGGAGCAGGCGCUCCGAUCGGCCAUGGGCUCGCCGGAGACGCCGGCGGACACCGCGCGACCGCCCCCGCCCCCGGCCCCGCCCCCGCCGCCGGCCGAGUCGGAGGCGGAGCGGGUGGAAGACAGGCCCUCCCGCGGCUCACCACCGCCUCGACAGCCCCAGCCCCCGUCUCAGCCGGUGACAGGGUCGGAGACGACUCAGGACGGCGCGCCGAAGCCGACCCGCGCGCGGACGGCGGCCCGGGCCCGGGGAGGGCGCGCCGCCGCCUCGGUGGGCGUCUCCAGCCGCACCGGGUCCGGGGUCUCACCCCGCGGCGGAGGGCGCGGGACGGCGACCCGUCCGGCCUCAGCGGCGGCCGGCGCCGCGGGCAGGACGGAACAGAAGGCGCCCACCCGACCGGGACCGACUCAGCUGUACUCGAGCUGCGUCAAGUCACGCUCCAACUCGUCACUGAGCUCGACGGCCUCCUCCUCGGGACACAGCUGGGCGGACCGGCGUAAGGGCUCGGCGGAGGCGGCCUGCGGCGGCGGCGGCCGGCCGUACAGCGCCCGCGCCCGGUUCCACCAGCCCACCUCAGCCGUGUCGCUGCCCUCCCUGGCGGCCGCGGCCGGCCAGCCGGCGGUGGAGCGGGCCGAGCGCCGUCCCAGCGGCGUAUAA